CGCGAGGCCCCGCCCCCCCGCGCUGCCCUUGAAAUGGGGCCGGAGCCGCGAUCGCGAUCGUGAUCCCGAUCCCGCUCCGGGCGCCGGCACCGGCCCCGGCACCGGCCCCGGCACCGGCCCAGCGCCAUCGCGGCUCCGGGAUGGGGCCGCCGGCGGCCGCGCCGCUGCUGCUGCGGCUGCUGCUGCUCGGGACGGCGACGGCGGCGGCACCGGGAGCAGGUCCCGGGGAGUGCGGCCGGAGCCAGUUCCGGUGCGGGGACGGGUCCUGCAUCGCCAGCACGUGGGUGUGCGACGGCAGCGCCGAGUGCCGGGAUGGCUCCGACGAGACACCCGAGACCUGCAGCUCCGUGUCCUGCUCCGCGGCAGAGUUCAGCUGCGGCGGGCGCCGGGGCCGCUGCGUUCCACUGCUCUGGCGCUGCGACGGGCACCGCGACUGCGAGGACGGCUCCGACGAGCUGCAAUGUCCCGCCCGCUCCUGCGGCCCGGAGCAGCUCCGCUGCGGGAGCGGCUCCUGCGUGUCCCGCGCCUUCGCCUGCGACGGGGAACACGACUGCGAGGACGGGGCGGACGAGGCCGGGUGCCCGCCGCCGCCCCCGUGCGGCGCUCACGCCUUCCGCUGCCACGACGGGACCUGCGUGCCCCGGCUCUGGGCCUGCGACGGGGAUCCCGAUUGCCCCGACGGCUCCGACGAGUGGCCGCGAAGCUGCGGCCCCCCCCGCACCCCCCGCCCGUGCCCCCCCCUGCAGUUCCAGUGCGGCUCCGGCGAGUGCGUGCACCGGCGCUGGCGCUGCGACGGCAGCUCCGACUGCGCCGACGGCUCCGACGAGCAGGGAUGCGCCGCCGCAUCGUGCCGCCCGGACCAGUUUGGCUGCGGGGACGGGCGCUGCGUACCGGGGCUGCGGCGCUGCGACGGCGAAACCGACUGCGCCGACGGCAGCGACGAGGCUGAGUGCCACAACAUGACCGCCUGUGCUGGGUUCCUGUGCCGCUCCGGUGAGUGCAUCCCUAUGGAGCGCGUCUGCAACCAGCGCCGGGACUGCCGGGACUGGUCGGAUGAGCCCAUCAAGGAGUGCGGGGUCAAUGAGUGCCUGGACGGCGGCGGCUGCUCCCACGUGUGCCGGGACCUGCCCCUGGGCUACGAGUGUCUGUGCCCCGACGGCUUCCGCCUGGGCCCCGAUGGACGGACCUGCCUCGACAUCGACGAGUGCCAGGACCCGGCCGCCUGCAGCCAACAGUGCCACAACCUGCCGGGCUCCUACAAGUGCGACUGCGGGGGGGGCUACAGGCUGGACCCCGGCACCAGCAUCUGCCGAGCGCUCGGGCCCCCCCCCGCGCUGCUGUUCUCGGUGCGACACGAGCUGCGGGAGAUGGCGCUGGACGGCGCCGGGUACCGGCGGCUCCUGGGGCCGCUCAAGCACGUCGGGGCCCUGGAUGUGCACGUGGGCAACGGCUCCGUGUUCUGGGCUGACCUCAGCCGGGGCCGCAUCUACCGGUCGCCGCUGGCCGGCACAGCCGAUGCCCACCAGCAGGUGCCGGUGGUGGAGCUGGGCUCGGGGACCCCGGACGCCAUCGCCGUGGACUGGAUCCAUCACAACCUCUACUGGACGGACUCCGGGCUCGGCACCGUGUCGGUGGCGGACGCCGGCGGCGCCUGGAGCCGGACGCUGCUGCGGGAGGAGGGAGCCAAACCCUGCGGCAUCGCCCUGGACCCGCUGCAGGGGUACAUGUACUGGACAGACUGGGGAGCCAGCGCCAAGAUCGCCCGGAGCCGCCUCGACGGCUCCGAUGUGACGCCGCUGGUGACCGAGGACGUGGAGUGGCCCAAUGGGAUCACCCUGGACCUGCCGUCGCGGCGCCUGUUCUGGGUGGACGCUCGGCUCCACGCUCUCUGCAGCGCGGACGUGGACGGGGGCCGGCGCCGGACGGUGCUGAUGGACCCCGCGGUGCUGCCGCAGCCCUUCGCCAUCGCCGUGUUCGAGGAGCAGCUCUACUGGAGCGACUCCCGGCUCGGGGCCGUGUUGGGGCUCGGGCUCCGCUCGGCCUCGGCGCCGCGGCGGCUGCUCCAGGAGCGGUUCCCGGUGCAGGGGCUGGUGCUGGUGCACCCGCUGCGGCAGCCCUCAGCCCCCUUGGCCCCGCUGGAUGCAGCCCCCCCGCAGCCCCCCACCCCUGGCCAUAGGGGGGCCCCAGAGCCCACAGCCAGCACCGGGACCCCCGGGACCCCCAACAGCACCGGCACAUCUGGCAACGCUACCGCAGGCGGCCGCGGUGGUGCCGUGGGGCACGUGGGCAGCAGGACGGCAUCGACGGCGCUCGCGGUGAUGCUGCCGCUGGCGGUGCUGGCGCUGGCGGCCGCCGGUGCCCGCGGGCUCUGGCGCGGGUGGAGGCGCCGGAGCAUCCGGAGCAUCAGCUUCAGCAACCCCGUGUUCCGCAAGGGCGGCGCCGACGACGAGGAGGAGCCGCUGGGCCACGGCCUGGGGGCGCCCCGGGCCCCCCCGGUCCUGGAUGACGACGUGGCCUGAGUGUGGCACCGCGUGGUCACGCGUGUUCCUCAGUGCCAGGGCAGGGCUCGGUGCGACCCCGGCCACGCGUGUGCGGGGCUGGACCCGCUCGUAUGUGGUCGCGUGUGGUUGUAUGUGUCUGGGUUCACGUAUGAGGCUGGCUGCGGUUGGACACGGCUGUAUGUGGUUGUAUGUGGCUGUACAUGUGUGUGCGUGUGGGGGUCAUACGUGGUCACCCUGGACCAUACGUGCUUGUGCGUGAUGCCGUGCACGCCUCGACACGGCUGUAUGGGCACAUACGUCGUGGCACAUGGGCUCUACACGGCUGCACACGCCUGUACACACUGUGUGUGGAUGCGCUUGUAUGUGGCCGUACACACCUCUAUGGGGCUGUCCAUGGCUGUGCGUGACGCGGCACACGCCAGCACACGCGUGCACACGCGUGCACACGCCACAGGUGCUGGUUUGAACCAAAAACUGUGAAAAUGAACCGAAAACGUGGCCUUGGGGGGGGGGAUGGGAAGGGGGGGGGCCCUGUCCCGACAGGGCCCCCCUAUGUCGUGACAUGACCAAUACACGGGUUAUUUAUUUCCC